AAUAAUUGAGCCAAGAAUAGAAAGCUAGAGGGAUGCCAGGGUGAGGCUGGCAGCUGAGCUGGGCUAAACCUCACAAAUCAGUCUACCCAGCUCUUCUCUGCAGGGGAGGCAGAGGCUGAACCCUGCGCCAGGUUAAGUGGACCUCAUGGCUGUUCAGAAAGAUCUGUACGAUGCCAUCGUGAUCGGGGCAGGCAUCCAGGGAUGCUUCACAGCAUACCAUCUGGCCAAACAUGGCAAGAGGGUCCUCCUGCUGGAGCAGUUCCUUCUACCACACUCCAGAGGAAGCUCCCACGGACAGAGCCGCAUAAUCCGAAAGGCAUAUUCCGAUGAUUUCUACACGAAGAUGAUGCAUGAGUGCUACCAGACAUGGGCUCAGCUGGAGCGAGAGACUGGAACCCAGUUGCACAGCAGGCAAACUGGAUUCCUGCUAAUAGGGAUGAAGGAGAAUCCAAGUUUAAAGACAAUCCAGGCCUCUCUAUCUAGGCAAGGGGUAGAAUACCAGUAUCUUUCAUCAGAGAAGCUAAACCAACAUUUCCCUCACUUUCGGUUCACCGCGGGAGAGGUGGGGCUCCUGGAUAAGACCGGAGGCGUCCUCUAUGCAGACAAGGCCCUCAGAGCCCUCCAGCGUGUGAUUUGCCAGCUAGGAGGCAGGGUGUGUGAUGGAGAGAAGGUGGUGGAGAUACGACCUGGGCUACCCGUGGUGGUAAAAACCAUUUCCAAGAGUUACCAAGCCAACAGUGUGGUCAUCACAGCGGGUCCCUGGACCAACAAGCUCCUCCGCCCACUGGGAAUUGAGUUACCUCUCCAGACCCUGGGAAUCAAUGUGUGUUAUUGGCGAGAGAAGUUUCCUGGGAGCUAUAGUGCCUCCAAAGCUUUUCCGUGCUUCCUGGUCUUUGACAUGGCUCCUCACCAUAUCUACGGGCUGCCCGCAGGAGAGUACCCGGGGCUGGUGAAGGUUGGCUAUCAUUAUGGAAGCAGUGUGGAUCCCGAGGAGCGAGACUGCCCCACAGGCUUCUCAGACAUACGCGACAUUGAGCUCCUGCGCAACUUUGUCCGAGAACACUUGCCUGGCCUGAAGCCGGAGCCAGACAUCAUGGAGCGCUGCAUGUACACGAACACCCCCGAUGAACACUUUAUUCUGGAUCGCCACCCGAAGUAUGACAACAUUGUCAUCGGUGCUGGAUUCUCUGGGCAUGGAUUCAAGCUGGGCCCCGUUGUGGGGAAGAUCCUGUAUGAAUUAAGCAUGAAGUUAACACCAUCCUAUGACUUGGCACCAUUUAGAAUGAACCGUUUCUCAAGCCCGGGCAAAGCCCACCUUUGAUCCUUGGCUGUCAGCUUCCCUCUUUCUUGGAGGAUGCAGUGACCCUUGAGAUGUCUCCUGGUCUCCAGCUUCCCCAGUAAACACUAAGGGAUGGAGAGUCCACCUUCUUUCCCUGCUCGGCUUCCCACAUUCCCUUCUUGUUUCCAGAAAGUCAAUCAGAUAUUCUCCCAUCACCAAGUAGCAGGGAGCUUGGUCUUAGCAGGGAAGGGCCCUCCAACUGGCUCAGGGGGACAAAGUACUUUUUAAAAUUUUCUUCGCUGGGACAUUUGAUGAACUUGAGAUGCCUUUGACUAAAUCUGCCCAGGGGAGAGUAAAAAGAUGAUCUCAUAAAUCACUAGUGCCUCUGGGAUUUCUUUUCCUAAAACUUGAUCCAUCCUCUAUCCUCUGCCGUCAGCUCCCAUCCAAUCUCACCUCAGCUGCACAAUACAUAUUUGUUGGAAGAAAGAUUUGCUAGGGAAAAAAAGAAAAACAAGUAAAUAAUUGUAGUGCAUAAAUGUCUGUGGAGAGCUUCCUUUUCCACGUAACCUUAUUUCUCACAGGUUCUAAUUAUCUAAAUUAGCACCACAGAGUCUGUAACUCCAGGAAUCCGCUGCGUCUUGGUCCCUUAGAUGCUCUCCACCCCCUUCCUCUUGUCUUUGUCUUGUCCUCAUCUUCUCUCCAGAUCUGGAAAGAUGCUCAGCUGCCUGCUCUCUCAUUAAGGUGUAUUGUCAGGUCCUUAUGAAGAUGGAACUGUUAUACCAGAAACAGGAGAGAGACACACUCGCUUAGAAACCCUGUUCAAUGUUUGAAUGUUAAAUGUGCCAUUUUAUUAUCAUUAGGAUUGCUCCCACUUAAUGAAACGGCAUUAGCACUGCGUC